GCGUGGUCUCAUAAUACCUAUCAUGUCGCGUCAGGACAAGGCAAUAACAGAGAGGCAUGCGAAGCAGUUGAGAGAAAUGCUGAAGAGGCCAGAUAACAAGGUUUGCGCAGACUGCAAAAGAAACGACCCUCGAUGGGCAUCAUGGAACAUCGGAGUGUUCCUCUGCAUCCGUUGUUCUGGCAUUCAUCGAUCCAUGGGCACGCACAUUAGCAGAAUCAAGUCAGUAGAUCUUGACAUCUGGACACCAGAACAGAUGGAAUCUAUCCAGAAGUGGGGAAAUCGUCUAGCUAACCUGUACUGGGAGGCACAUUUGAAGCCAGGGCAUAUCCCAGCCGAUCACAAGAUGGAGUCCUUCAUCCGCUCCAAGUACGAGUCUCGGCGAUGGGCCAUGGAGGGCCCACCGCCGUCCGAUCCGUCAUCACUUGAGUCACAGGCUCCUUCCACUCCGGUCCAUACCCCGGCUGCUGCUGCUGCUGCUGCUGUGCAGACUCCGCCAGCUCCUCGCACAUCGACGCCCGUAGAAUCUAAGAUCACCGCGACCGCAUCUAGGUUAUCGUCCAUCAGCGUCAGCCGUCAGCCACAACCUCACCAACUACUCUCCGCGAGCGUCGCCAACCGCUCACAUCAGGCACAGACUGCCCCACCAGCACAGGCACAGUCACAGGCUCCCGCAGCUACGCACGAGCUGUUCUCGCUCGACUUCCAUGCGCCUGCAGCUCCGCCUUCCCAACCCGAAGCGGAGGCAGCUCCAGCGAAGAAGGAUGCCAAACAGGACAUCCUCUCACUAUAUUCCAAGGCGACCUCGCCGGCAGUCCCGUCGGCGGCCUUUGGCCAGUUCACGUCUGUGCAGGCUGCCUGGGGCGCGUUCGAUGUGCAGGCUGCUCAGCAGACGGCAGCAUCGCCGGUCACGAGCAUGACUGGGACGACGGGCGUGGGUAUGUGGGGCACAAGCUCGGGGUGGACAGGCGCGCCUGCGGCCGCCGCACAGCCGAGUAUCUGGUCAUCUCCCGCUUCGCAGCCGGCGAUGUCUCAGCAGAGCUUGUUCACCACAAGCGACGUGUGGGGAUCUAGCGGUGGAGGUACCGCUGCCGAAGGUCACAUGUUUAGCUCAUCAGUGAAGCAGAAGAAGGACGAUGCGUUCGGGGAUAUAUGGGGCGGGUUCAAAUGA